UUCACUCCCCUUCCCUGCCCCUCCCGUCAAAUCCCCCAAAUCUCUCUCUCUUCAAAUCCCAAUCUCGCUGCAGAUCGCUCGCCGCCGUGCGCGGGUCAACGUCUCCUUCCGGUCCACCCAAAACCCUAAAGUCUCCCCGCUUCACUCCCCGUCUCGGGCCGCGACUCGCCGGCGGCGACUCACUGAGUCCACUUCCCCACUCGUCCCGCCGCCGCCGCCGCCGCCGCUUCUUUAGGGUUUCCGAACUUAUCGGAGCUCGAAAUUCGUGCUUCCGCCGGGCGACGCGCCGUGCAGUUUUUCCCCUUCGAGAAUUCAAGCCUGAGUUUUUAGCGCAUUGUCGCCGGGGAAGAAGCCCUGGUUUCGGCCUUCGGGGGGUUGGAUUUGUGAGGCUUGUGAAGAGGAGGAGGAGGAUGUGACGGUGGUGGAAGGGAAUGGAAGAGAGUAAUAAGGAAGUCGAUAAGAACGGAGCAAACGGCAGCGGCCCCGGCGAUGGCCGGCCGCCGAACCCGCUCGCCGCCUCCCACCGGCAAUGCCUGAGCGACGACCGCGUCGCCCCGGCCCCGCCCAAGAAGUCGCUCGUUCGCCACCCUUCUCUCGUGAAGACAAAGAUGUCGGAUAUGUCGGAUAUCUCUGGCGAUCCAAUCUCGGGUGUAUGGAGUCGUGAGUCUGAUUUUCUGCCAGUGAUUCACUCGGGAGCGUUUGCUGACGUCGGUUUGCGUACAAGCAUGGAGGAUGUAUAUGUUUGUGUUGACGACUUUGUUUGUGAUUAUGGACUCAAUAACAUCGCUGAUGGGCCCAAUGCAUUCUAUGGGGUCUUUGAUGGGCAUGGGGGAAAGCAUGCUGCCGAUUUUGCUGGCCGCAACUUGCUGCAAUACAUUAUUAAAAAUGAGGACUUUCCUCGGGCAAUUGAGAAGGUUGUUUCCUCAGCAUUUCUGCAAACUGAUGCUGCCUUUGCAAAAGCUUGUUCCUUGGAUGCUGCACUUGCUUCUGGGACCACGGCUUUGGCUGCGAUUAUUAUGGGAAGAUCGUUGAUAGUUGCUAAUGCCGGAGACUGUCGAGCAGUACUAUGUCGCCGUGGGAGAGCAAUUGAGAUGUCAAGGGACCAUAAAGCAAUCUGCACCAAAGAGAGGAAGCGAAUUGAGGCAUCAGGGGGAAAUGUCUCUGAUGGGUACCUUAAUGGACAACUUAAUGUAGCUCGUGCUUUAGGUGAUUGGCACAUUGAAGGAAUGAAAGGUAGGGAAGGAGGGCCACUCAGUGCCGAGCCUGAGCUAAUGAGCAAGGAUCUGACGGAAGAAGAUGAAUUCCUCAUCCUAGGGUGUGAUGGAAUUUGGGAUGUGUUUACAAGUCAGAAUGCUGUGGAUUUUGCUCGGAGGAGACUCCAGGAGCACAACGAUCCAGUUAUGUGUUGUAAGGAUCUGGUAGACGAGGCUUUGAAGAGGAAGAGUGGGGAUAAUUUGGCUGCUGUAGUUGUCUGCUUUCAACCAGACCGUCCACCCAACUUGGUCGCUCCACGCCCAAGAGUUCACAGGAGCUUUUCAGCCGAAGGUUUGAGAGAAAUUCAGAGCUACUUAAAUAGCUAGGCUGAUUGAGGGGAUGGACACUAAAUUGAGGUUUUUGUCGGUUCAUUUUCCUCUGAUAGUUCAUUGAGAUCAAUUUUCACUAACUAUAGGUUUAGGUGGUCCUACUCUGAGUUACAAACUGUAAUAUAUGCGGCAUAGUGUCGGCAGCACUUUUAUGUUUCGUAGAGAUCUUCUGCUCUGGGUUCCGAGCGUUGUUUUUUGGCCCUUGUUUGUACCGUGUUCAGUAUUUUUUUACUGGUUGGUGCACUUAAUUAUGCACAUUGGUAGACUUUCUCAGUAUGAAAAAUUUCACUGUCGGUAACAGCUA